AUGUCCUACUACCCUCCUUAUUCCGGUGCGCCCGGAUACCCCCCGCAACAACCGCCGCCGCAACAGUAUCCUCCUCAAAACUACAGUUCCCCGCCCCCAUAUCAACAAAUGCACCACCACCAUUCACAACAACCGUCGUACGGCGGCGGCUAUCCAGGCCAGGACUACCGUCAGCAACAGCCCCCUCCCAACCCUUACCAAUACGGCCACCCUUCCCCUCAGCCAUAUCCUCCGAAUAACGGGUAUAAUCGUCCUCCGUCCGGCUAUCCACCCUCGUCUGGCCCUCCCCCUCAGGGUAACCAAGUAUACCAUGGGCGAAACCCCUCGUAUCCUACUCACCAUUCUGGUGGCCCGGCGCCUCCGCCCUCGCAGCCUCAAGCCUUCGGUCACGGUGCGCCCCAAGGCUAUAGCUUUCAGUACUCCCGCUGCACUGGAAAAAGAAAGGCUCUGUUGAUUGGUAUCAAUUACUUUGGCCAGAAAGGGCAGCUGCGCGGAUGUAUCAACGACGUGCGCAACAUGUCUACAUAUCUGAACCAGAACUUUGGCUACGCUCGUGAGGACAUGGUGCUACUAACGGACGAUCAACAAAACCCAAUGAGCCAACCGACAAAAGCCAACAUUCUGCGUGCGAUGCACUGGUUGGUCAAAGAUGCUCAGCCCAACGACUCCCUCUUCUUCCACUACUCUGGACACGGUGGACAGACGCCCGAUUUGGACGGCGAUGAAGACGAUGGCUAUGAUGAAGUCAUCUACCCGGUAGAUUUCCGCGUGGCGGGCCAUAUCGUUGACGACGAGAUGCAUCGGAUCAUGGUAAAGCCACUCAGGCCAGGCGUGCGGCUGACAGCUAUCUUUGACUCAUGCCACUCAGGCUCUGCCCUGGAUCUACCAUACAUCUACUCUACACAGGGUAUUCUCAAGGAGCCUAACCUCGCCAAGGAGGCAGGCCAAGGCUUGCUGGGUGUUAUCUCAUCGUAUGCCCGUGGCGAUAUGGGCAGUAUGAUGUCCACUGCUGUCGGUUUCUUGAAGAAGGCUGCCAAGGGCGAUGAGGCCUACGAGCGAACCAAGCAAACCAAGACCAGCCCCGCAGAUGUUAUCAUGUGGUCAGGAAGCAAGGACUCGCAAACUAGCCAAGACGCCCAGAUUGCUGGUCAGGCCACUGGUGCAAUGUCGUGGGCCUUCAUUACCGCCCUCCGCAAGAACCCGCAACAAAGCUAUGUGCAGUUGCUAAACAGCAUUCGAGACGAACUGGCAACCAAAUACUCACAGAAACCACAGCUUAGUGCUAGCCACCCAUUGGAUGUGAACCUACUGUAUGUGAUGUAA